AAAACCACAAACUUGCCACAAACCACGUGUGUGUUAUUUGUGUCUUCCAGUUUUCCACGCUUGUUUUCACGACUUUCAUUUCGGUUGUCGGAAAACAGGCGCAAAAAUGGGGAAAAAAGCUAAAAUUGGAAAACAGCGAAAGGAUAAAUUUUACCAGUUAGCUAAGGAAAUUGGCUACCGUUCUCGAGCCGCUUUCAAGCUAAUUCAGCUGAACAGAAAAUUCGGUUUCCUCCAAAAGUCCCGUGUCCUGGUCGAUCUUUGUGCAGCGCCUGGAGGAUGGAUGCAAGUGGCCAAACAGAAUAUGCCCGUUUCCAGCGUGGUUGUUGGCGUCGACUUGUUUCCUAUCAAGCCUGUGCCAGGCUGCAUCUCUCUGACAGAAGAUAUCACGACAGAAAAAUGUAAAACUGCCUUGUCCAGAGAGCUAAAAACAUGGAAGGCAGAUGUUUUCCUGAACGAUGGUGCUCCGAAUGUUGGUAUGAACUGGCUACACGAUGCCCAUCAGCAGGCGUUGCUGACAUUGAGUGCCGUCAAGUUGGCCACUCAGUUUCUCCGACCUGGUGGUUGGUUUGUGACGAAGGUUUUCAGAUCCAAAGACUACAAUGCCCUGAUUUGGGUUUUGAAGCAGCUUUUCAAGAAGGUUCAUUCCACAAAACCGCAAGCUUCCCGUAAUGAGUCUGCAGAAAUCUUUGUUGUUUGUCAAUACUACAUCGCCCCGCACAAACUCGACCCCAAAUUCUUCGACUCCAAGCAUGUUUUUGAAGAAUUGGAGCUUGAGCCCAAGUCUGCAGCCAGCAUUUUCCAUCCGGAAAAGGCCAAGAAGGCCAAGGCACAGGGUUAUCCUGAAGGAAUGUCUACCAUGUACAGACCUGUGACAGCCUCUGAGCUGAUUGCAGCUGAAAACCCAGUCGAUCUACUGCAAAUUGCCACAGAAAUCACACUGGACACUGAGUUAAUAAGAAAACAUCCACGAACAACAGAAGAGAUGAAAGCAUGUUUGAAAGAUAUCAAAGUUUUGGGGCGGAAGGAUUUAAGGCAGGUGAUGGCUUGGUGUGCGGCUGUGAAGGCAACAAUCGCCCCUCCUGAUCAGAAGGCUGAUGAAACAGCAAAGGAGGAUGAAGUGGAUUCUGAAGAUGAGGAUGAGCAAAUCCAGAAGCACAUUAAAGAGUUAAAGGAAAAUGAGCGCAAGGAGCUCAAAAGGAAAAGAAAAACUGUUCUGAAGGAGAGACGCAAGUUACAACAGAAACUGGACCUAAAAAUGAUUUUCAAGGGAGAUGAUGGUCCCAGGCUUGAGGAGGAUGAGGUUUUCGAACUGAGCACCAUCAAAUCUAGACAGGCGUUAGACAACAUUGACGACCAAAAGCCGGAUGAUGUUGCUGAGGAGUCCGAGGAAGAAGACUUGGAGCCCAAAAAGAAAACUGAGGUCUAUGACCCCUCGAAAUCUCGUCUCGAUAAAUCUGGAAAGUUCUACAAAGAAAGUGAAAGUGAAGGUGAUGAUAGUGAGGAGGAGGAGGUGCCUGGAUACCUAACUCAAGUUGAGGAAGGAUUAGGUAUGAAUGAUGAUGACGAGCUGAGUUUUGAGGAAGAUAGUGGAAGCGAAAUUGAGGAUGAUGGUACAGAUAACAACCCCCUCAUCACUGACCUUGACCCCAGGAAUAAGAAAGAGAAAAGAGUUCACAAAGCGCAGCUGUGGUUUGAAAAGGACGUUUUUAAUGGCCUAGAAACCGAGGCUGAUGAAGAUUUUGAAUUAGAUGCACUAGCGUCUGAGCUGCAAUCGAAAGGGGGGAAGAUUAUCGGUGACAAAAAGGGAGACAUCAGCGAUGAUGAUGAUGAGACAGAUGAGGAAUCAGUAGCCAGUGAUUACGAAAUGCUGGAGCUACCUAAGAAAAGAGCUAAUUCAGAUGGAAAGGGUGCUAAGGAUGAUUUUGAGAUUGUUCCUAAAGGUAUUCCAAUGCAUUAUGUUUAUGAGCAAUUUAAAAAAAAAAAACACUGCUUUUUAGAUGCUCCGUCUGUUAAAAGAUUUAAAUUGGAUGAGGAAGGUCAGGCACUUGGUUCAAUGAUAGCCUUGUCAAAUAAGAAAAAGAGGGAUAUCAUUGAUGAAGGUUGGAACAGAUACGCCUUCAAUGAUAAAAAUCUGCCUGACUGGUUUAUGGAAGAUGAAAAGAAGCACAUGAGAAAGGCAGCGCCUGUGCCAAAGGAACUUGUGGAGGAAAUAAAGCAAAAGACCAGGGAGCUCAAUGCCAGACCCAUCAAGAAGGUGAUUGAAGCAAAGGCUCGCAAGAAGAAGAGGGCUGUGCGCAAGUUGGAGAAGACGAAGAAGAGAGUUGAAGCCUUGAUGGAGUCAUCAGAUGUCCCUGAUCGAGAGAAGGCUAGACAAAUUAACCAGAUGUACAAGAAGGCUAUUGGCAAGAAGAAACCAGAAGUGACAUACGUUAAAUCCAAAAAGUUUGCUGCCAGUAAGAAGCCUCGAAGGCCAAAUGGUGUCAAAGGGCGAUACAAGGUUGUGGAUCCUCGUAUGAGGAAGGACACCAGGGGCAUGUUAAGAGCCAAGGGUAUCUCUAAGGGCAAGGGCUCUGGAGGCAAGAAAGGAACGGCUGGACGGAAAAAGAAGUAACAGCCUUUUAUUGUUUGCCAUUACACAAUUUUUAAUGGCAUAAAUUUUUUUUUUUAAUAACAUAGAAUUUCGUCUUAUGUAUUGAAUUUGAUUUGGUGAGUUUAUUCCCUCAACAAGUGUAAAACAUUAUAAAUUGUGAAUAAGCUAUUAGCUAAUAAAUUGAUGAAGGCGGAACAUAAUUUAA